UCAAAUUCAGGUUGUUGUGAGUAUUGCAGCUUCAUUGGCCGUUCUGAAAGCUUUUUUUCAAAAUCAAAAAGGUUCUGCAGCUGUGUCUGUUCAAGGAGUUACUCCUCAUCUAAGAGAGACAAGUCUAAUCACUCUCACAAUUCCAGAAGUUUUGAUAAGAAAAGAUUACUAUUGGCAAAGAACAUUAAAAAAAACAGUGGUAUGAUCGGCCGGGAGAAUUCAUUUACUACAAGAAGUGAAACAGCGAACAAGUCGUUUGAGUGGGGACCAUAUUUGGAUAAAGAGAAUGCCAUCGCUGCUCCUGUUUGCUGCUUCAAACAUUGUUAUUCAAAUGAUUUCUGGCAAAGCGUCAUUAUCAACAUGAAAGUUGAGAUCCUCAACUUAGACACCAACUACACUGAAGAUAAGGCAUACUGGUUUGCCACCAUUAAACAUGUAGCCGGCUACUUCGUGAAGGUGAGAUUUGAAGGUUACGACGAUGAUGGCUCAAAUGAUUUGUGGGUGCACCUGUGCUCGGAGGCCGUCAACCCGGUUGGGUGGUGUGCCAUUAACGGGAAGAGGAUCAUUCCACCCCUCUCGAUCGAGUCAAAAUACAAUUGGAGAGAAUACCUCCUCAACGCACUUACUGGAACAUUCACUCUUCCUUACGACUUUCGACAGCGAGUCAUCGACUGCAACAAAUCCUGGCCGCUAGUGCCCGGUCUGCAAGUUGAAGUGGUCAACAAAAUGUGCUUGUCCUCUACCAAGGUGGCCACCAUCGAGGAGAACAAGGGUGGCCGCUUGAAACUGAGAUACAAUGAUUCCGAGGGCAUCGACAGUUACUUCUGGUGCCACUGCCUCUCAAGUCUCAUUCAUCCUGUUGGCUGGUCGAGUCUGGUUGGCCACAACAUCGAGGCUGCACCUAAAUCACCUCCACCACCAAUAUCUCCCCCGCCAUCUGGUGUGGCUGCCCAACUGUUCAGUCACCUUGCAUCUCGUCAGCAGCAGCAGCAGUCCAGAUUCGUUCCUGGCAUGAAGUUGGAAGCUGUUGAUCCUCUUAAUUUGGGCUCAAUAUGUGCUGCCACUGUCGAUAAGGUGACGACGACAAAGUUUCACAACAGCAGCCACACCAACUCUCAGCAACAAUUACAGAACAAUAGUUUUUGCUUUGACGCCAGGUCGCCUUAUAUACUUCCAGUUGGAUUUUGCAAGAUCAAUAAUAUUGAGUUGACUCCGCCCAGAGGUCACAAACUUCCAUUCGACUGGUACGACUACCUACAAGAGACCCGAUCUGUGGCAGCCCCAGUCGAACUUUUCAACCAGACCGUACCCAAACAUGGCUACAGGGUUGGCAUGAAAGUUGAAGCUGUAGAUCUCAUGGACCCCAAGCUGAUAUGUGUAGCAACGAUAACGACGAUAGUUGGUCGACUGAUGAAGAUUCAUUUCGACGGCUGGGAGGUCCUAUACGACCAGUGGGUUGAUUGCCAAUCACCUGACAUCUACCCGAUUGGCUGGUGCCAACUUUUCAACCACAGACUCGAAGCACCGAGGAUUAACAAUAAUAAAGAUAAUAGCAGUAACAUUGGCGAUGCUAAAAGUAGUAAUAAGUUAUUGUACACAUCUAUUAAAAACAGUUUAAGUUUCAAGUCAGAUAGCAACGUCUCUCUUAAAAGUGAUUUUUCGAACUCUGAUCUAAAAAAAACGGUUGAUGAAAAGUUAUUAAAUGACCAUUUAAAAGUCAUUUCCUCAUAG